AUGAACAAUUCAACAGCCUUAAAUAGAACAAGAGUGGAAGGCUUAUUGAUAAGGUCAAUAUAUAUAUACGAUUAUGAUAUCCGAAGACUAUCUGAUGAGCAGCUUUUACAACGAGCCUGGGAAAUAGUUCGAAAAUGUUAUAAUUUACGCCAUUAUAGUCUAUGUCGGACAGCUUUUGAGUUAUUGCUAGAUAUGGUAGAAGAAAACAGAUUAAUUACCUUAGGGUUACCCGGAACUAAACAAGAAGUAUUAUUUUAUUUAGAAACCAAAAAGCAACAAACAAAUAUCGAACUAGACCUAGAGCAGUUUGAAGACUUAUUAAGAGUAGUUAACGAUGAAUUUAACCAAAUUAAUAAUCUAGUUUAUCCCAAUCAGCCUUCAAGUUUUCAAAUUCUAAGAGCUGAAAUCAAAAGACUAAAAGUUCAAGACUUAAUUAACCAAAUUCCCUUAAAGAAGCAAGAAUUAGAACAGUUAAUUAAUACUGUUGCGGAACAACUUAAUAGAGCUGAAAGAUAUAUCUUAGAAAAAUUACUUCAAGAGAACUCUAGAAUUCUUCAAACUAACGACAAUUUUAAUGUUGAGAGAUUGAAUGAACUUAAAGAGGUUUUAAGUGAAACGCUAAUCCAAGAAGAAUUACAAACUCUUUUAAAUAAACAAAGUGAAAUAUUUUAUUUAGCAAAGCAUUUAGAGAAUUUACAAACUGAAUGA